GGAAAUUUGUAUGUUGUCAAAGAUUUCUCGUCACUUUUGGUUUCAAUAUUUGGGAACAAAGCGCCAUGACACUUAAGUUUGAAUAAUUGACACAUCACAAACUUGUUCUUGGUAAAUACCAGAGUACAUAGUCGAUGAUGCUUAAACAAAGGUCCAAAUCACCCUCUGGUAAAUACCUCAAUGGUUGAUUCUCGGUAAGAGUAUGGCUAGUUAUUCAUGUAGCAAGGGUGCUGGUUAAUUUAUGCAAAUUUCCAUCGGAUUUGUUAGGUCACAGACGAAGUUGUGGUCAGGUUUUAGAACGUUUCACUGUUUUUAUGGAAAAUUAAGUUAUUUGCAAAAUUUCAGCUGCAUCAAAUUUGCCAGGUUUUAGGAAAUUUCACUUCGGAUAAUAAAAACUAAGAGAAUCCUUAAAGGUGAUUAGGUCUUUUGAACUACUUUUGAGAAUUGGUUCCUAGUUGAAGCUCUCUGGUAGUAGUUCUUUGGGGUCGCCACUAUAAAGUAAAAGUAAGAAGCGGUUAACUCCCCACCGAUUCACGCAAUGCAUUUGUGUCAUCGUGUCUAACCUUCAUGCAGGCUUACAGACUAUCUGUAGUGGUGGUCAUAGAAGAUAAACCUUUUGACAGACUAAACUUUUGACAGGUGCCACUAUAAAGAAAAAAAUGGCAAGAUAUUUUUGCUUCGGAUAUUUUUUUAUAUUUAUUAUUAUAAAUCUAGUGGCUGCAGUCAGAGUAAAAGAUAUGAUUUAUAUGUCUUUUGAAGGAGUUUCUGCAUGUUUCCGUAGACAUAAUGGAACACAUCAAUUUGGAUGUUCUUCAAGUAGAUCUGGAAAUAUUGGUGUUGUUCAUUUUAUUGAAGGAGAAAGUGACGUCUCAUGGAUUGAACAUAAUGCUACUGCUGGACCUUAUACAGUAGUUCUUCCAUUUUCUAUGUUCACUAGAAAUACAUUAUUACGAUUACGGAAGACGAACAAUAUAAAUGGAGUUUUAUUAGCGAAAAAUAAUAGUCAGCCGUAUCCAAAUUUUUACUCUCCUGAUGAUACUUGUCCAGAUAGAUAUUCAGGAUAUAAACAUUGCACUGAUUCUUCUCCUUGGAAUCCAUAUGGAUCUUCUUUGCUUAUGGAUGAUUGGCCUUUUCCAAUGUUUUAUAUAGAGAAUGAGACAAGGAUUGAAGAUAUAAAAUCUUGUUUCUGGAAACAUAAUGCACAGAAUUUGGAAACUCAACACUCUAGACCACUGUGUGCACUAGAAAUGAAGUCAUUUAUGUUCGCUGCUGUUAAUUCAGAAGUUUGCAUUAAACGUAAUGAUUUUAAAUUGAACAUCGAUCCAAUAUUGUAUUGUGAUCCUUUGGGAGAUAGAAAUAUACAUUGGCCAUUGGCUCCAUUAAACAAAGACGAAAAUUCUAUUAUAUUAGUAACAGCUAGAUUGGAUGCAUCUUCUUUAUUUGAUAGAAUAUCACCUGGAGCAGAAAAUGUAGUAACAGGAUUAGUAACACUACUUGCCACUGCCUAUUACUUAAAUAGUUUAUUUAAAAAUGUUAUGAUAAUAAAUAAAACAAAUGUUGUAUUUUCUUUGCUCAAUGGCGAAGCAUUUGACUACAUAGGUUCUAGUAGAUUAAUUUAUGAUUUGAAGGAGGAUAAUUUCAGUGCCUUAGGUGGUAUAAAAUUAAAGUUUGAUGACAUUAAGAGUGUCAUAGAAUUUGGUCAAUUAAGUAAUGGAAACUUGUAUCUUCAUUCUAACAAUGCAAAAAACAAUAUAAUGAUGAACAACCUCCAGAAAGCAUUAAAUGCAACAGUUAUAGAAGACAGUAUUCCACCUACAUCGAUACAGAGUUUCUUGAAAGAAAAGCGAAACUUAACAGCAAUUGUUAUAAGUAAUCACGACGAAAAAUUUAAAAACAAAUAUUACAAUGGAAUCCUGGAUGAUGCUAAAAAUCUUUAUUCUAACAGACAGGAAUCAGAUGCUCUUGCAGUUGCUUUAGCAAAUGUAUCAAUUUGCGUCGCUGAAAUUCUAUACGAAAACGUUACUGGAAAACCGUCUCCAUCUAUGAAUGAAACCAUUCGAUUAGAUAUUGAGAAGCAUAUUUCUGAAAUGUUAUCUUGUUAUCUGGAAAGUGCAAAGUGCAAUUUAUUCCAGGCUGCAUCGCCCCCAGGCGCUAAAAUAAUUAAUCAAGUUUUACCGCUAUACGUGGGUGUACACAGAGUACUAAAUACUGCCACAACUUUAACUGGUCAGCUUCUUGCUUUCUUGACCAGGAAAGAACUGGAUCUAAAUGAAACUGCAUGUUAUGAAAAACAUCUCAUUUGGAUGGCUGGAUAUAACCGUACAGGCAUUUGUAUUAAUUCCACGGUGAAUUAUAGUGCAGCUAUGAGUCCAGCAUUUAUCAUCGAUGGUUACGAUAUGAAGUCGGGAAUUUACUCCACAUGGACAGAGUCCAUAUGGGAAACAUUGAGUGUGAGAAUGUUCCUGAAGCCUUCGCAAGCUACACAGCGGCUUAGUAUGAUUCUUGGUAGCAUAGUAGCGAGUGUAUCAUUCAUUCUUGUAUGGUUUAUUAAUUCUCGAGCUGAUAUACUUUUCAAUACAAGAAGGGGAACGGAUUGUUAGGAACGAGCUGCGGACCACAUAUCAAUGACCAGAUUGGAUCAUCUAAAGGAUAAAGAUGUUCCGGUAACGAGUCUUUAAAUGUAUGUGUGGUACGCCCUCGGACAAUUUUUAUACCUCAAAACUGAUACAUACACAAAUACCACCGUCGUCCUACACCAUUGUUGUUAUGAACUUUUUGGCGAUUAUUUAAUCAUACCUUUGCACUUUGCAACUAAUAUGUUAAGAACGAUCUCGUUAGAUCGGUUUAUCUUCGGGGGUCUUUUCUUUUCCUGAUUCCUUUGUAAAUUGUAUACAGAAGUACAUUUUUUUUUACAAAUGUGCAUUAUGUGAAUUUGAUGAAUGAUGAUAGGUGGAAUUUUUUUGUAUUCCAACCGAUACUUGGAGUAUUACACCAGUAUCACAGUGAUAAGCAGGGUAAUAUUAGCACUAAAGAUAUCUGCUGAACUUUUGAACAUGUUGGAAUCAUUUUGUACAUAGUAAUGAAUAUACGUAUUUUAAUUAUAUGCGUAAUAUAACUUAUACAUGCAAUACUUGCAGUCCAUAUAAUUAAUGAAACAUUUGAAACAAUUAUUUAAUUCCAUAUCAUUCAUCUUUUCAUAGAUGUUAGUAUUACAAACGUCAUGUCAUUACACUGUGUUUGGUAAUAUAAUUAAGCAAACAUUCAACAAUUUAGGAUAUUCGUUGAAGUCUAAUAAUUAGUAACGUUAACUGUCAGUUUUGUAUUGCUAUAUUUGUUGCAAUUCAUAUUUGUAUCAUAUAUUAAUUAAUUGAUGUAAUAGCAGGAUAUUUAAUUUGUUUAGAAGAUCCUUACUCAUGGAUUCUUUUAAAACUAACUAGGUAGUUAAUUAUAUGAAGUGGUUAAGCGAAGUUGACAAUGUUGUAAUACAUGUAAACUAAGAGACAUUUUAUCACAUGAAAUAAGGAGUUUAGUAAUUUGUUUCAUGAAGAUCAUUCGAAUUACUAUAAAAUAUUACUGAAGGUAAAGUGUGGUUAAUUUCAUCAUCAGAAAUUUAUCGAAUGCGAACAAAUUUGUGAGAUGUCUUCUUGAUAUAUUUUCUUUUCUUUCUUGCUCUUUGAACUCUAAAUUGGUAACUAAUAAUUUAAGAAUUUUAUGGUUAACGUAGAAAAUUGAUGCAAAAAGAGACAAAUGAGAAGACUAAAAAAAUAGUUUACGAAGAAUUAAAUGAAACUCUAGAAGAACGUUAGGAAACAUAUGUUUAUAUGUGCAUCCAUUUGAACGCAUUUUAUAAAUACAAUGUAAAUACGUUAUAAAGAAAGACAUUGCGCCCUGAAUUUUUCAAUGCUUGAUUACAUGUAGAAUUUUUUAUAAACAAUUACCUGUGAUUACUUGCAAUUUCAUACUUUUUUAAGACAUGUAAGUAUGCGAUAUGCGAUGUAAUUGAAUGGUGUUUUGUCAAAUAUACACAUUACGUGUUCUUAUUAUUGAUAAUAAAGUACUAUAUACUGUAUAUCGAUGGUCAAGUUCGCUAAUUUAUUUACCAAACUGUUUUACUGAUCAUUCUUUAAAAUUAAGAAAUCUAUAUUCCAUGAUGUAAAUAUUAAAUAAUAUUUUAAGGAUAAAAUAAAAGUCAGAGAACAUAUUGCAAGCGUGACGGCAUUUAUUAUCAAUAAACAACUUAUGUAACAGGAUCUUGAUGUACACGAGAAAGUAU